GCCUCUACAUUCAUCGCAUUCGCGUUCACGAUCGCAUUUUCAUUUUUACGCUCAGUCUUGGGUUCACAGCCAUGUGGAGUGUGAGUGCAUGUCGUACAAUUUUUACCGCGCGCCUAGCAAUCGGGGAUGCUGAUUUGUUUAGGUUGUUGUAGUUACCGAUAAACAAAGUAUCUUAUGAACUGUCAGAUUGACAUGUUAAUUUGUAGUUUGUUAUAAGUUUAUUCAUCUACAAUUAUAAAAAGUGACGUUUAAAAGUGGUUUUUAAUAAUCUUUAGUGUGUGUCAUGGAAAUUCCUGAAGAUUCGAAGUAAUUUAAAUACAAUUAAUUAAAUAUAUAAUUAAGAGGGGAAAGCGACGUCAUCUUGUCAACACUGCCUCCACGCGCACGUUCCACAGAAGUGAUACUGGUGCCUACGCCAAUUUUUAAUAUGUGUAAUAUUUACGACAGAUAUUAACGGAAAAACAAUCGGAAUCAUAGGAUGCAUAUACAGAGUCAGUGAAUAAUAUUUUACAAUAAAAGUGAUUAAAUAAUUUAAAAAAUUAAUAGUUAUGUGACUGUUUCUUUUUUCGAAUAAAGUUUACUGUGGCUGUGAUAGUAAAAAACCCGAAAUUCGUUUCGAAAAUAUGUGAUAAUGACUACGCUAGGAGGAAGUAGAAGAGGAUCUCUUAGUGCAAAUGCUGGUCAUGUUUCCAAUUGGUUUUCUUCUUUGAAAAGGACCAAAAAAACGAAACAUAAACCUGAAAGAACAUCCAAGAGUGCUUGGGAUUUGACGACAUUGUCUCAUGGGAUCAAAAGACUGUGCUGGUAUUGCCCUACUUCCAUGUGUUCGUGUGUACGUGUAUGCGCUUCUUUUGUUGUUCACAAUCUUCUACAAUCUUGCUGUCCUUGCUCGAACGGGCAACUCAAAGAUGACCUCUGUGAAGUUGUGUCUGAAAUGGAGUCCCUCGACUCAGGCGAGGAGGGCAAAAAUAGCAACAAGACCAAAAUGAUGUCAAUAGGUCGAAAGAAGUUCAACAUGGAUCCCAAGAAGGGUAUUGAAUAUUUGAUAGAGAAAGGUCUGUUACAGAAUACAGCGGAAAGCGUUGCCCAGUUUCUACAUAAGGGCGAAGGGCUGAAUAAGACUGCUAUUGGUGAUUAUUUAGGAGAAAAAAACGAUUUUAACGAGCAAGUUUUACAAGCAUUUGUUGAAUUACACGAUUUUACCGAUUUAAUUUUAGUGCAGGCUUUAAGACAAUUUUUGUGGAGUUUUCGUCUACCAGGUGAAGCUCAAAAGAUCGACCGGAUGAUGGAAUGUUUCGCUAAACGUUACUGUGAAUGUCAAGGCGAAAAUAACAUUUUCGAAAAUUCAGAUACCUGUUACGUCCUUUCAUUCGCCAUUAUAAUGCUCAAUACGAGUUUGCACAAUCCUAGCGUUAAGGAAAAACCCAGCAUAGAACAAUUUAUUAAUAUGAAUAGGGGCAUUAAUCAAGGGCAAGAUUUGCCCAGAGAAUUGUUAGUGAGUCUUUAUGACAGCAUCAAAGCCGAACCUUUCAAGAUUCCAGAGGAUGAUGGUAACGACUUAAUGCAUACCUUCUUCAAUCCAGACAAAGAAGGCUGGCUAUGGAAACAGGGUGGCCGUUACAAGAGCUGGAAACGUCGUUGGUUUAUAUUAAACGACAACUGCCUGUAUUAUUUCGAAUACACCACUGACAAAGAACCACGCGGCAUUAUUCCCUUAGAAAACAUUUCGAUACGUGAGUGUUACGAUAGACAAAAACAGUUUUGUUUCGAAUUGUACGCCAGUGGGGGAGCGGAGUUUAUCAAAGCGUGUAAGACGGACUCCGAGGGUAAAGUUGUAGAGGGAAAACACACUGUAUAUAGAAUGUCAGCUAGUAGUGAAGAGGAACGAAGAGAGUGGAUGCACAGAUUAACUCAAAGCAUUAGUCACAACCCGUUUUACGAUAUGCUGGCUCAUCGGAAACGGAAAGCUCAACUUUAUUCGAAGAACUGAGUUACCGCAUGGUCCAUUAUUUCUAUUACUUGUAAAGCCAUACCUGUGUGUGAAAUUACUUUAUUGACAGCUGUCAUUUAUAAGCUGCUAGGUGUCACAUAUGUUAUUUGUAAUCUGUACAAAAAUAUGUCGGGUUUUAAUUUGUUAUUUUUUAUUUAUUUAUUUAUGUAAAUGCAAUCCAUUGCAUUUAUACAUUUACAACAAUUAUAUUUUUGUGAUUUGAAUUACUUAUUAGUCAUUGUUAUUCAGGAAAAAUAUUUUUAGUGAUAAGCCAAAACGCUAUUUUCAGAUAUAGCAUCACUAGGUAUAUACGUUUUCUAUUUUAAAAUAACUGGCAUUUUAGUUGUCAUUGCGAUCGCAUUUUGAUGCGCAAUAAUUAUACGAUGCAUAUUGCAGUAAACAAAAGUUGAUUUUUAAGAAAGUGGAUAACUAUUUAUACAGUUUUAAUACUUAUACUCAAAUAUAUCGUGGGCGUAAUGAGAAAAUCCACUAAUUCCAUUUUUUUUUUCCAAUUUUGACAUUUUAAUACCAUUAAAUCCACAAACAUCAAUAUAUUAACAGGAAAAACCGUAUAUCUCCACAUUCGUCAUCCACCGUGCUUAAAUCGAUACAUUCAAUGACAAAGAAAAUCAACUAACUCCAUAUUUUUCUAAGUUUUCAUGAAUAAUGUUUUUCCAAAUAUUUUUAUGUACAGCUGGUUCCAAAAAAAACUGAUACGACUCUUAAAGCGUAUUUUGUAGAAAAUUGAGCAGUGUACUUUCUUCUUCUUCUUCUGUUUGUUUUUGGUCUCGCUGCAAGGCAAUUACCAGCACGAUUUAUAGGCGGUCUUGAUGUAGUCUGGCUCUAAGCCAUAUCAAAAUCGCUGACUAUCUUCUUGUAAAAAGCUCUUGAUGAGGUGGGCUAUAAUGAAUAUGAGUUUAAUUAUAUUUAAUUUAUUAUAUUUUGAAGGAUAAAUACUUAUUAUUUACACACUGUCACUGUCACUGCCAAACCUUAAAAUUUGUCAGAUAACUUCAACCUCAAAAAAUGGCUGUUUGUUUGUUUAUUUGAUUAUUUGCCAGUCAUAAUAAAUAUAAUAUAAUGUCAGACCAAUCAUACACUGCUCAAAAUGAUCAAAUCUUACUAAGAGUCGUAUCAGUUUUUUUAGGAACCAGCUGUACAUGUAUGUGCACACCACCUGUGGUUAACAUCCCUCAAAAUCAUAUCCAGGUACCAAAACUUGAAUAGCCAGUGUACCCGAUUUUUAAGAGGUAAGCCAUAAGGUAUAUUAAUGUUUAAAUGCGUUUUUCUCAAAACUUCACUUUUGUGAAUUAAUGGAUUUUCCCAGUACGUAAUAUUGUUUAUUACAAAAAUUUAACAGUUUUUAAACAAAUUGUUCCAGUAUGCUCCAGUAAGAACAUAUAGUCAACUAUCAUUUAAACAUUUAGUUUUGAGAGAGUGCGAUCGAAUGGCAAUUACAGCGAUGCUGUUUAUCGCUGAAACGAAAUAUUGCUCCUUUCACCAAAAUAUAUAUUUCUAUUUAAUUGUAUAUUUAAAUUGUUUAUUAAUUAAAAAUACAGUUGAAAGUGUCCUAAAAAUACACCAUACGUUUUAUGCAUUUUGAUUUCAGUUACUUUAUACAAAGUUAUUUGCUAAAAAAAGACGAAGACUAUGUUACGUUUUUGGUUUACUUAUUUCUAGUUUAAAAUUUAAACUUUAAAUCUAUAAUGCUAGUCAAAAGCCCCCUCCCCCCACGUAUCUUUUGAACGGUUAUAAUUAUAGUGAAAUUUGGACGGAGCAAAUAAACGGACGUAAGCUUCUCAAAUAGUCAUAACAAGUGACGUAAUAGUGACAGAUGACGCUUUGACCGAUAAUUUUAAAUGGGAUCCUAGACAAGUGAUAUCUUAUCAAGUUUAAAAAGUAUUGAAAAUACCUAUUCAAUCAUACUAAUUUUGUUUGGGUUUAAGUUGAUUUUGAUGAAUAAAUUAAAUAAAUAUUAAAUUGUAGUUUCGCAUUUAAUUUAUAAAAAUUCAAACAGCCGCCUCUGGUUACUUGUCAAAAAAGUUGACGUUGACGUCAAACCAACUAGGGAACUGAAAAAGGUCAACCUUUUUGACAAGUAACCAUAGGCGGACGUUUGCAUUUUUAUUAAUUAAAUGCGAAACUACAAUUUUAAAUUUAUUUAAUUUAUUUAAUUUAUUCAUCAAAAUUAACCCACACACAAUUAGUAUAUUGAAUAGGUAUUUUCAAUACCUUUCAAACGACAUAUCACUUGCCAUGAGGUCCCAUUUAAAAUUAUCGGUCAAAGUGGGUCUGUAAGUUCUGUUACUAUUGGCGAUGUUAAGUCACAAUGACGACCUCUCGUGGAUUUCGGCGGAACUAAAAUUGAGGGCAUUUUUCUUUUUAUUGGCCUGCUAUAAUGAGGGUUUUUAAUGUCAAAUCGUUGUCACUAUUUUCGAAAAUCAAUAUAAUUAAUAAAUUUUAAUACAAAAGAUUUAAUUAAAAGCUUACAAACCUUUUUUCUAAAGUGUUCUUAUGUGUGUGUUGUGUUACAGAAUAUUUGGUGUAAAUUUAGGAUGAACACGGUCUUUUGAUUCUACUGAUGCUGAUAGAUUAAUCGAUGAGACUACUAACUUUUCCAUUUUAUUGAUUUUCUAAAAUACUGACAACGAUUUUACAUUAAAACCCCCAUUAUAGCAGGCGAAUAAAAAGAAAAACCCUCAAUUUUAGUUCCGCCGAAAUCCACGAGAGGUCGUCAUUGUGACUUAACAUCGCCAUUUCGUCACUUGUUCUGACUAUUUGAGAAGCUUACGUCCGUUUAUUUCCACCCUCCAAAUUUCACUAUAAGUAUAACCGUUCAAAAGAUACAAAGGGGAGGGGCUUUUGACUAGCACUGUAUAUUUAAUAACAUGGUAUUAUUGGUAUUAUUUUAAGUUUUUGUUCAAUAUUAUAUAGACUUGGUUUUAAACUUCACAAAACAUUGCCAUAUGUAGUGUAAGUACAACGUAGUGUAAAGUACACCCCAAUAACAGGGUAAAAAUGAGGGCUCGCGCAUUUGGAAAUUAUUUGGACAUGUUUUUUAAAACGUUUUGCACUUGGCUAUUUAAGCAAAAAUUUGACCGUUGUAUUGUUGCGGUUUUGACUAAGACGUCCAUCAGAAAAUAUAUUAUAGUCUAGUUAUUUGUGGAGAAAUUUUGUUUAAAAUGUAAUCUAUAAAUACAUGGAACGAUUCGUGGGAACAAUUAUAUCCCUAAAUAUGACUAACUUAUGUUAUCAUAUUGUUCUUUUACCGAUCUUGUAAAAGUGUUCCUUUUUGGUAUACAAAAUCUCCAAUGUAAUAAGUUUUAUUUUGGAUCGAAAUACAAAUUUAAAACGUUCGGUGCCCAUCUUGAACAAGCGCCACUUGGCUGGUACCACGUACUUAAAUCGUUCGUUUAGUAACUACUGACGACACUCAUGCGUCGUCGGUACGCCCUUUGUACCAAAAAACUUUGGUUUUGUGCGGUCCGUCCGUCCAUCCGAAGAUUAAUGUAGCAAAAACUGCAAAAUAUACAGAAAAACUGACGAAAAACAGCGAAUUCAGAUUCAGUACCAAAAGUUAUGUGGAGGAAAAUUAUGAAACCAGAAGUACUACAAAAAACUAAAAAAAAAGUACUCAAAUACUCACAGUUUUCUGUAUGAUAUUCGCUAUUAUAAACAAUCUUACGUCAAGAUGCGGUAUUCAGGUUGGUUAACUCUGUCCGCAAAGGUUCUAAUUUUAUCCAGGACGUCCUGUUUUGUCUUUAUUUUUAUGUAAAGAUAAUUUACAUAAAUAUAAAAACGAAAUAUCUGAAAAUGCGUCCUAAAUGAUGUGCAAUAUUUUACUUUAGGUGGCGAAAUUAAGAACUUUUGUCAAGUAGGUCUAUACCUAUCUACUUUAUAUUCAAUCUACAAACUGCUGUAAGAAUUUGUCAGUUAUGAAUAGAAACAAAUGGUUUAUGUGUUUUGUAUAUAUUAUGUAAUAUGUAACUGAUUCUUUCGCCACGAAGCUGGGUUUCUAAUAACCUAGAAACAGUUAUAAAUAUACAGUGAUGAGCGCUUUAAUAACCGGCAAAAUAACAUAAGAGAUGGAAAACAUAUAAAGUUGUGAGAUACAGGGGCGGCCCGUCGGGGGCAUCGCUUCUCGGCCUCUGGCUAAGAUCAAGUGUACGGGCAUCUGUAAAAUACCUAGGAAUGUAUCUGGAUAAAAAAAUGACAUGGAAAAACCACAUAGAUUAUUUAAUCAAGAAAACUGAAAAAGGAAUUAACAUCUUACGGUCAGUGUGUGGAACAAAAUGGGGAUCAGAUCCAAACGUAGCAAUCCUUUUGUACAAAUCCUACAUUAGGUCAAUACUGGAUUAUGGUAGUUUCUUCUAUGACCAAGCUUCCAAAAGUCAACUAGAAAAAAUAGAUCACGUAGUAAAUAAGUGUCUAAGGCUAUGCCUAGGGGCUUUAAAAAGUACACCAAUUGAUUGCUUAUUUGCCGAAGUAGCAGAAACUCCACUAAAAUAUCGCCGAAAGAUUUUAGCUUCCAAUUUUAUAGCUAAAUUAAGUUCUAAAAAUAGCAACUUAGUCCAAAAAAUCAAUAUACUGUUUACAUCGGAUCUUACCCAUAGUUAUUGGAAGUUGAAAAAAAGUUUAACUAUUACUGAGUCAUAUUAUGUAAUAAAUAACGUAAUAGAAGAAAUAUACUCUUCAGAUAUAGAUCCAUUAUAUAGCAUAAAUAUUUAUAACAUCCAUCCAAUUAACUGUGUUUUUCUCCAAGACUAUUCAAAAUUUCACCCAAGGAUUAGACAAUACAUAUUUGAGGAGGAUUUAGAAAAGUAUCUUCCCAGAUGUCAAUAUAUAUUCACGGAUGCAUCAAAGAACAACAAGAAAGUAGGUUGCGCUAUAUUUGAUCCACAUAAAAAUCAUAAAAAAUCCUUUAAAUUAAAUGAAAAGCUUACAAUAUAUACUGCAGAAUUAAUAGCCAUAUUAGAAGCUCUCCUGUAUAUAAGUAAUAUGAAAAUUACAGCAGAAUCAUUUGCAAUUUGUUCUGAUAGUAAAAGUGCUAUUAUGAAAAUAAAAAAUAUCCACCAAGUCAGUAGUAAUUAUAUUUUGACUACUAUAAUUAUUAAACUUCAAGAAUUACAAACAAAAAAAAUCAAUGUAUCAUUAGUUUGGAUUAAAGGACAUUGUGGAAUAAAAGAGAAUGAAGAAGUGGACGAAGAUGCUAAGAAAGGAAGUAGAACUGGAGAGCUUUUAAGUUAUAAAUGUCCCCACAGUGAAAUUGCCUGCCACGUAAAACCCAUAAUACUAGCCGAAUGGAGAGAAAUGUAUAGUAACAGUCCAAAGGGAAAAUUUUAUAAAAACAUAGUUACCAAGCCUCCUGGCCAGUCUUGGUUCUCAAGACUGUCGGGAAGCAAGCGGUUUUUCUCUGUUUUGUGCAGGUUAAGGUUCAACCAUGUUUUAACUCCCCAGUACAAAUAUAAAAUAAAAUUGAGUGAUUCUCCUAAUUGUUCAUGUGGAGAAGAAGGUACAGCGGAGCACAUGAUCCUAGGCUGUUCUAGAAUAAUAAACGAGGUUAAAUUAUUAAAUGAAGAAAUGGCCAAAAUACCCAAAAUCACCAGACCAUAUAACCUAACUCAACUAUUAAGAGCAGAAGAUUUCAAUGUUUAUCAAAUUUUGUACAAACAUAUUUUAUGUAUUAGAUUAAGUUUAUAACCUAUGUUUUUUUUUCCUUUCGUGUUAAGCCCUACGCCUAUCCGAGGUCCACCUGUCUCGUCUAAAUGCUCUGAUCGACCCCUGAGCGUCAAAUUGUGUCCUAGUCUAAUAUCCCAAAUUAUAUUGAAAAAGACAAUGAAAAAUAAAAAAAUAUAUCAAAAAAAAUAUAUAUAUAAAAAAAAAUAAAAAAAAAAUAAAUAAAUAAAAAAAAAAAAUACAUAAAAAAAUGAUAAAAAAAAAUCAAAAUGAAAAGAAAUAAUUCCAAAUAAAAACAAAAAUCGUUGAAAAUUAGAUAUAGGUAUAUAAAAUAGUUCUUUGUAAAAUUGGAGCAGGAUUGUGAUUGGAUACAUACCUGAACAAAUCAGUAGAAAGCAGGAAGCACUCCUUUGGAGCUUCCGCAUAAAUAAUACAAAUAAUCCCAAAAAGGUAAGAUGGCGAAUGGACAUUGACUCCGAAGCCAAUAAUGCUCAAACACACACACACACACCAUACCUACAAUAAAAUAGCAAAAAUUAUCCAAAUUAUUUUUAAAAAUAUCCAAAAAAUUUUCUCCGUAGUUAUAAUUAUUGUACGCUCCUUGUAGUACUGUGUAAGAUUCUAUAUUCUUCCUUGGUCAGGCACUUGAAAACGUAGCCUGAAAUAGAACGACGCCAACACUGAAUUGACGUGCGAUCUCUCUCUGUUUACGCGAACUAAAGGCCUGCUGCAGGUCUGCUGGCCACGAUUUUGAAAGGGCGGAUAGGCACAGAGUCUUAUAGCCGGACCUACAAAAUUUUAUCAGUUGCUUCUCUUGUGUCUUGUGAAACUGUUUUAAAUAAGUGUUUUUUGAUUUUGGCUGUUAUUAGUAGGUUAAGUAUUCAAUAAAACUAGGUAGGACAACUUAAAUUUGUUUAUGAAAACUGAAUAAUAAACAGGUAAAUUUGAGAUCGGUCUAUUGAAGGGCAUUUUAAUUUUAUAUUAAUUUAGUAAUAAUUCACUAACGACAAAUAAAUCUGUGAAUAGUUAUUUGUCAGUCGUCCAUUAUAUUUUUAUUGUGUUUCAAUACAAUUUGGAUAAUUUAAAGUUAAACUGACGAAUUGUGUUAUUAGAUUAUAUAGAUAAUUAAAAAUUUAAAGCGAGGUUAAUUGUUAACUUAUCAAUUUAUUCGAAGAGUAAAUUAUUAUUUGAUACAUAAAUAAAAUAAGUAAUAUUUGACGUUGUUGAAACGUAGGUGUGUUAGUUUUAUUGGUGGAAAAACUUUAGUCAUCGAAUAUGAAUAUUUUAAACGAUGUAAUAUGCAGUUUGAUCGAGACGCCUUUUUCAAGGCACCAAAAUCAAGAAAGAUCAGAAAUUAUUUCAAUGGGCCGGCCUUUACCAAAUUUAACAAUUUUAUCCACAGAUAAGACAAAAGACAAUCGACCAUUUUCGAGAUCAUUUAAAACAAUAUGGUAUGAAAAUCAUAUAAAUGGAUAAGCGGAAGUUAUUUUAAAAAUUCACUUUUCUGUUGGCUUUGUCUGUUGCUCUCAAAUUUGAAGCAAAAUAUUUGGGUGAGUCAGGGAUAUUCAGAUUUGUAAAAUUUAUUAGCUAGUGUAAAAAAACAUGAAUCUUCGAAAGAACAUUUAAACAAUUGCUUAGGUUUAAAACGGUUAGAGAAAAAUAAACAAACUAUUGACAGUGCUUUAGCUGGACAUAUUUCUCUAUCUAAUAAGAUAUAUAAUGAAGAAGUUGAAAAAGAUUGAAGAAGUUGAAGAAAUUCAAGAUUGAGAAGGGGUGUUCACGGGUUUGUCAAAAACAAUACAAAAUGAUUUAAUAGAUUGUCUUGCCGAUUACGUAAAAAAUGAAAUUUCAACAGAAAUUAAUGAAAGUCAAUUUUUUUCUAUACUAGCGGACGAUACUGCUGAUAUAACCGAAAAAUCACAGUGUACUAUAACAAUCCGUUUUGUUAACAAAGUUGGUCAGGUAACAGAAAGAUUUUUAGGGUUUUUUGAUGUUAGCGAGAAUAGAUCUGCAGACGCUCUAUAUAGUUUAAUUUCAAACGUGCUUGAGCCAUAUGAUUACAAAAAUAAAUUAAUUGCUCAAUUUUACGAUGGUGCAAGUGUAAUGGCUGGCUCUUUAAACGGAUUACAAUCAAAAAUUAAAGUAGAUGCUCCAAAAGCAAUUUUUACACAUCGUUGCGCUCAUAGAUUACAUUUAGUAUUGCAAGACGGCUCAAAAGUUAUUACAAAUUGUAGGAUAUUUUUUGUCGCCUACCCGUCGCCUACCCGCAUACUGAGGUCACGAGCCGCCACUGGUGAGAUAAAAAGAGAUGAAACUAGUAGAGAUAAAUUUAGCGAUAUAAACCUAUAAAUUGACAUGAUAUUGAUUGUUUCCCGCCGUUAGACGUAUUAUAGGAGUAUGUCAACUAAAACUGUCACUGUCACAAUGGUAGUUGCCAAACUCGUCCGAUACGGCUGAAGGUGGGAAACAAUCAAUAUUAUGUCAAUUUAUACGUUUCUGUUGCUAAAUUUCUCACCUCUACUAGGUUCAUAUCUUUUUAUCUCACAACCUUAUAUAUUUUCCAUCUUUUGCGUUAUUUUGCCGGUUAUUAGCGCGCUCAUCACUGUAUUGAAAUAUUUAUAUUUAUAAAAUUUACUUUUCUGAUUUACACCAUAAAAUUUGUGUUUAUUAUAUAAAAAUAUUGUUAAAAAAUACUUCCUUAUCCCAGUUAUAACAAAUAUAUGAUUCAAUCGAUUGCAGAUAUCUGCCAAAUAUUCGUAGAAAAUAGUUAAUGUCUAGUUGCACCAACAUAUAAACGAUUGAUUUGGAUUGCCCCUUUAUUUUAAAAUAUAAUUGUCAAAAAACUGUCAAAUUAAAAAUAGAAAUUUUAACGAUUCUCCCAAAACAUAUUAAAUUUUAACCUUUUUCGAAAGAAAAGUGUUCUGUUAUUAUAUUUGAUGGUAAAAAAUUUAAUAUUUUUCGGGAGAAUCGUUAAAACUUCUGUUUUUAAUUGACAGUUUUUUGACAAUUAUUAUAUUUUUAAAUAAACAGGCAAUCCAAAUAAAACAGAAUGUGUGUGUACUUUGUACGCACGUAAGAAAUUAUACUUCUAUUAUAUGAUUUCAACGAAAUUAAUAUACUUUAAACAGUUUAUUUAUAUUUUAUUUAAAUAUUAAACUAAUUUUAAUACUUACUACUUUUCAAAUUUUUUUAUUAAAACAGUACCAAAAAUUAAAAAAUAAAAGAAUAAAACACACACAAACAUUGAAAAAUGCCACAAAUGAUUUCUGAACAAUAAUUGUCGGAAAUUUUUUUAACUAAAUACGUAUUUUCUGAAAAAAAAUAUAUAAUAAAUAUACUUACAAUCAUAAAAUGUAUAAAAAAAAUAAAAAAAUAAAAGUUUCUAUUGGGGUUCGAACCCGCUUAUGUUUGCGCAGUUAGUAUUGGAAUUCAUUCAUCUUACACUUUUACCCACGGAGACACAUGUAUUAUGUGGGAAGAUCGACGAACUAAACGGUUUAAACUUUUGAUAGUUCUGAAUUUACCCAAAUUAUUUUGAUUUUUGUAGAAUAUUGAAAUAUUAAAAUACAACAAAACAGAGAGUAAGAAAAUAAUAUAUUAGGUGAAUAUUGACAGAAAUUUUGAUGGUAAUCAAAUUAUGUAAAUCAAGGCAUUACAUACUAUUUUGGUAGGUUCAUUUUAAAUUUUCCAAAUAGGUCGGUACCUAUUUAAUUUUUUAUUAGGAUACUGAAACAUUUACAAUUAUUACGUACCUGUCUCAAUCAAUUAUUACGUAAACAUUUGUUUAUCCAUAAUCUCCAACAAUUAUUGACAGAUGAUUUUAACACUCGAUAAGAUCCCGUAUAAAGUUUGAGCGACUAAUACCAUACUGUCGGUGUGCGCAUGCGCCCAGGAAAAUAAAAAUUCGCCCUCGUGCCUAAAGAAGUAUAACUUCCAAAAUCAAUCGUUUAUUUGUUGGUGCAACUAGACGUACGCAAUUUCUGGUGAAUUAUUUCUUGAAAUAUUUUUAUUGUAAUAAAUACAUGUUGGUUUAAAUUGAAAAUAACCUAAAUAGUCUAAUUCAUUUAAAUAAUGUUUUUUAUUAGUAGAAUUUUUAUUUUAGUUUUUAGUGUAUAUUUUGGAACCUUCAACUGUAUAUCACUUAUAUGUGUUAUAUAACUUUAAUUUUACAUGACACAUGCUUUAAUGGUAAUGUCAGCUGUCAAAAGUGAACGGCAACUUUGUGAUCCCAAGCAACUACAUCUUUCGAUUUGUAAGCAACAUCUCCGUUGCUUAACUAUGACGCUCUCUUACGAUGUAAAGAUAAGUACAAUUAUAUUAAAAACUUAUAUUACCAGAAGUGUGACAUAGCUGUAACUUCUCUUUCGUGCAGCUUAUGUUUGUCUUUUUCUCAUAUACCUAAGAUGUUAUAUAUUACAAUUUAAUAUGAUAAAAAUUUCAUUUUUGUCGGAGUUCAUAUAAUUUUAGUUAUCUCUUGUGGGUGGACGAGUGGUUUAUUAAAGAGUGGCAUUAGUGGUAUAGUCCGUUCGCUAAACUCAGACAAAACUGGCUAGUGAUUUUAGUAAGUAAUUUUGACAAUUUUGGUAAAAUUGGCAAAAAAUAAUUACUAAAUAAAAAUGUAUAAACAUUCUCAAUUUCUUUGCAACACGAAAAUGCAGCAGCUGCAUAAUACUAUGGUCAAAUCUGAUAGUGCAGGAAGAGUCUAUACCGGUUUCGGGGGUUGUUUCCCCCUCAUCAGUAGUCCCAUAUCCUCUUCUCUCAGAUUCUUCCACGUACCACACUUUGGGCCUUUCCGAAUCUUUGGUUACACCUCCUGAGAUUUUCAAAAUUUAUAAAUCGUACAGGAUGCCGAGGAAAUUAAGAUGAGAGAAUUUUAAAUAAUUCACAACUCAUCUGCUCAGCGUGGUAAAAGCUAUAACAAGAAAGAUUCCUUAAUACUCAAACAAAAGAGUAAAUGAAUUAAAAAUGUAUAAACAUUCUCAAUUUCUUUACAACACGAAAAUGCAGCAGCUGCAUAAUACUAUGGUCAAAUCUGAGAGUGCAGGAAGAGUCUAUACCGGUUUCGGGUGUUGUUUACCCCUCAUCAGUAGUCCCAUAUCCUCCUCUCUCAGAUUCUUCCACGAACCACAUUAUGGGCCUUUCUGAAUUGCAAAGAAAUAAAUGUCACGGAUGAACUAAGGCCAAUCUAGCGAAAAACAAAGUAGGUUAUCAAUCGAAGUAGCACAGAAAACGACAAUAAAUAUCGUCUCCAUACCACCAGAUUGACAACAGGUGGAAUACUUUCUUUGGUUACACCUCCUGAGAUUUUCAAAAUUUAUAAAUCAUACAGGAUGCCGAGGAAAUUAAGAUGAGAGAAUUUUAAAUAAUUCACAAUUCAUCUGCUCAGCGUGGUAAAAGCUCCAACAAGAAAGAUUCCUUAAGGGGCUAUCCUAAUGUAAAAGUAUGAAAUUCAUAUACUUUUUUUGGGAAUUUCUAAAAUAAAAAGUACUGUACCAAUUGUUUUGAAAAUUUGCAUGAGCAUUUAUUAUAAAAAGAAGUACAUGUAAAACAAUUUUCAUAAAAAAAUAUUAAAAAUUAAACGAUUUAUGCGCCAUCUAAUGGCACCGUGAAAAUAAAAACAUGGCUCCACUGCUGCAGUGAUUGAGACUAAUAGAGAUCCUGAAACAUAAAAUUUCAAAGUGAUUAUUGAAAUAUAAGUUAUUUCCUAUACCAUCAACUAGGAUUUUUGAAAAAUAUUAAAAUUUGGAAAAAUGACGAAGUGUUGAAUUUUUUUUUAAAUUAGCUAAAACAUUUUCAGUUUAAAAAACCGCCAAAUCGACAUUUUUUAUCCGAUCAAAAAACCCCUAGUUGAUGGUAUAGAAAAUAACUUAUAUUUCAAUAAUAACUUUGAAAUUUUAUGUUUCAGGAUCUCUAUUAGUCCCAAUCACUGCAGCAGUGAAGCUAUGUUUUUAUUUUCACGGCGUCAGUAGAUGGCGCAUAAUUCGUUUCCUUUUCAAUAUUUUUUUUAUCAAAAUUGUUUUACAUGUACUUCUUUUUAUAAUAAAUACUCAUGCAAAUUUUCAAAACAAUUAGUACAGUACUUUUUAUUUUAGAAAUACCCAAAAAAGUAUAUGAAUUUCGUACUUUUACACUAGGAUAGCCCCUUAGUACUCAAAUUAAAGAGUAAAUGAAUUAAAAAUGUAUAAACAUUCUCAAUUUCUUUGCAACACGAAAUUGCAGCAGCUGCAUAAUACUAUGGUAAAAUCUGAGAGUGCAAGAAGAGUCUAUACCGGUUUCGGGGGUUGUUUCCCCUCAUCAUUAGUCCCAUAUCCUCCUCUCUCAGAUUCUUCCACGUACCACACUUUGGGCCUUUCCGAAUUGCAAAGAAAUAAAUGUCACGGAUGAACUAGGGAUAAUUAAUAAUUACUAAAUAGUUAGUAAUUUUGCCAAUUUUUGCAAAAUUGGCAAAAAACAAAAAAAAUUACCGACUAAAAUCUCUAGCCACUUGUGUCGUGAGUUUAGCGAACCGACUAUAUUUAGGAUUUUUCAAUUGUAAAUAGAGAAGAACAAUUUUUACUGUGUCUUUGUUAAAUGUGAAACUCGAUCGUCAUAUUUAAAUUGCUUUAUUCCUCUAUUUCUCUUCUAAACUUAAGAGGGUAAUUGUCAAUAGCUUUCAAGGUUAAGAGAGAGUAAUUGUCAACAGCUAUACUAAAAUCACAAUAAAGAUGCACUAGAAAUAAACACACCAAGACACGUUGAAUGUUACGAGGAGCACUCCCGAAUCAUGAUUUACAAUAUAUAAACUUUGUAAAUCAUGAUUUGGGAUUUAUACAAUGUAUAUACAUGAUAAAUCAUGAUUUGGGAGUGCUCCUCGUAACAUUCAACGUGUCUUGGUGUGUUUAUUUCUAGUGCAUCUUUAUUGUGAUUGUAGUAUAGGAUUAAAAUUCCAAGAAAUGAACAGACACGAGACACAUACCUUUUUCAACAAAGACUAGGAUAACCACUUCCUUACAUUAUUUUGGUGUCUAGGAUCUUAACGGAGUAAAAUUUUGGCCUUUGGUAUUCUUGAUUCUAGCAUUUAACCAGGGGCCUUUUCCUAUUAACUCUUAAUUGCUGUUCUAGCUAAAAUAAAAGGGAUUUUAAAAAUAAAAUAUAGAAAUACAGAUAAUUUUUGACUUUAAAACAUGUAAAUUUUUAUUUAUUAAAAAAAGUUUUAUUAUACCAUUCCAUCAACUACCUAACUUAAUAAUGGUUCAGAAAUGUCUUUCAGUCUUAUUGAUUUUCAGAUUGCUGUUAUUGAUCACAAAAUUUCUAUCAUCUGGGAGGGUUGACAUGGAGGGGAUAUGACAUGUCGACAGUGCUUCUCAUGGUGGCAUAAUUUGUAAGCCUUCCCCCACGGGCGAUAAAUUUAGUUCGUUUUGUUCACUACAUUUUCGUACCUGAGUAAUGAAAUCCAUCUCUUCUUUUCAUCCAGAUCCUGUAGAAACACAAAGAAUCUAAAUAUCUAAUAAUUGUAGUGUUUACAAUCCGUGGCAAAGCACAUUACCAUUUUUAUUAUACAAAAUGUAAUGGUUCACAAAAGUUCCUAACCUUUGCUUGGUGAAUAUCGCUAAAAAACUAUAUUUCUUAUCUUAAGAACACUAUACUUGAGCAGAAAAAGCAGCAGAGGAAGCAAAAUUUCAACUUCAUAGGAAUUAAAAAGGUUUGAGUUUAUGCAAAUCAUGGCUUUUCAACCUUUGUUUACAAAGCGAUAAUAACAAUAUGACAAUCGUGACGUCACACUUCGGCUGUCGAGUGUCAGCCUUAAAAUCUCUUCGUAUUUUUCUAUUUAUGUUUUGAAGCUAUUGUGGCAUUUUUGCAAUUAACUAUGGGAAAUAAGCCACAAUUUUACUAAAAAAAAUAUUUUAUUAACGUUUCAACAACCGUCAAUUUUGACAACGGCAUCCGAUUUAGACGUUGAAACGAAAAAAAGCGGCGGACUACCCCAGCUAAUUGAAAUAAUAUUUGAAAAUAUUACCUCAAUCAUCCAAGAUAACCAUCGCUACACCCUCAGCUUAGCUCAGUCUCUCAGAUGUGUGUUCGUCUUGUCCUAAUCUUAGAAAUGAACUAUGAAAGUUUGGAAUGAAAGCAAACAAAACAAUAUUUUUAACUAAUCAUGUUUAUUGUUCAUAAAGAUAUAGUAAAAAUAUGAGUUAUUAAGUGCAUUAACAAAUAUAUUCAAAUUCUUGCCAAAAACUAACAAUUUGUAGAUUAUACUUAUGCAUGGCUUGCGGUACUGGUUCGAUGGUAACUUCUUGAUGUCGAAUGGUACUGCUGUUGACUUCUUGUAGACCUGGGCAGAUGUUCGGCCCUACGCCCUUGCAGUUGAAGAUGGUAGUUGUUGCAGUCUAGAUGUCCUGGUUUUCAUUUUUGUCAGCCUUAGUUCCAUCACCGGUGAGGAUGCUGGUGUCUCCCGUAGGGAGAAAAGUGAUUUAUUCCCAAAAACUAGAAGAGUAAUGCAUGUAUAAGUUUUGACAUCAAGAAGAAAAGGUACCCUUUGCCAAAAUGUAUUCAAACAGUAGCAGAUAGCAAGGGAUAAAUUAAAUGGAAUUAAGAUGAGGAGUAUAGUUAAAAUUUUGAUUACUAAACAUGCCUAUAUGUAAAUUAAAAAGAUAUAUUUAAAACUAAAAUAUCAGAAACCAUGCUUUUAGAUGGGAGGUUAGGUUAGAUAUAAAAAUUUUUAGAAAAAGCCGUUAGAUGUAGAAAUGUUAUUACAAGAAAAAAUAAUUAGAAUACACAACUCACCCCAGGAGAAUAUUAAGUCUGGAAAUAGAUAGCUAUUAUCAGCUCUGUAAUUGCCUUUUAUUAGUUUACCACCACUAUUUUGAGAAUUGAAAUGACAGCGUGAACGUAGGAAGUUAGGCAUGUUCCGUAUUAAAACAGAUACUCACAGAGUAAGAAUAUACGGGGUACGUUCAGUAUGAUGAUUUAGAUUUUAGAUGAAAAGAGAUAUAUUAAAUAGAAGAUAAUAAAAGAGGGGGCCAACGAGUUUUUAACGAAGAAAACAGGUAAAACAAAUAGAAGAAAAUUAUUACUAACGAAAUAUUAAAGAAAAUAAAGUAAAAUAUUUAUUUAAAAAUAAAAUACCAAAGAUGUGACGUUUUUAACGUCACAACGUCGAAACGUUAAUAAAAUCAUUUUUUUAGUAAAAUUGUGGCUUAUUUCCCAUUAAAAAUAGUUAAGUAUUUUUCUAUAUUUAAACUAUUAUAUUAUAUUAUGUCAGACAUUUUCUACUAUAAAUUUCUAUUAAUGUAUUGAUACAUUAGUACAAAAUUAAUAGUAAAAUUUUAGGUAAUCUCUUGGUUUUGUAAAUCACACAUAAAGCAUACACAUAAGAUCGUCCCCCGCUACGUCAAAGUGUACCACGUGACCUAUAAUCAUAGUUAAAGGUCCCAUCGGAUAAUCUUCAGUCCGAAUUCUUUAGAUUUGCAGUUAAAUUUCUAUCAAUGAAAAAUCAAUCAGCCAAGUGUACUUUUUUUCCGUUUCCUAAUGAAGAAGAAAAAACUUGUGAAAAACUUGCAUUUAAUUGUUGAAUAAUUUAGUAUUUUGUUAAAAAAUUAAAAAACUGCCAAACCUGCAGAUAUUUCGCAAAAUGUGUUCAUGGAAAAUUUUUUGUUAUUUCUUAGUUAAAUUAUAUGCCACAUAAAAUCACAGAAAUCUGACUGAUAAUAUAAAUUGGUAAUCCUAAACUGAAACUCUAGCAAAUAUGUGACUUGUCCACCAUUGUGUAAAUAAACUGUUCCUUCCUAUAAUAUCAUAUAAAUAUAUUAUGUAUUAAAUAAAAGUUGCUUGUGAUCGGUCUGUGUAGAUAUUAAUGAUGUUACCAUCGAAAUACAUGGUUUCGAAGAAAGGUUGAUAAUUAGAUAAACAUGUAAAUAAUGUUAACUACGAGAUGCAACGAAUAUUGUUAUGUUGUUUGGGACUUGUAUACAAUAUUAAGCAUUUCUCGUUAUUGAGAAAGUGUAUAUUUAAAGUAUUCUAAAUGUAGAAAAGAACCCGUUUUGUAUAAUGGCAAAUAUUAAAAGGUGUAUAUGUUUUUGAAAAUCAUUUAUAUAAUAAAUUUUUUGAUCAAAA